AUUUGUCUUUCUCUGACUUAUUUCACUUAGCAUAAUACGCUCUGGUUCCAGGGGGUGGGGGGGAUUUUUUAAACUUUCUCCUCCUCCCUACAAAACCAGGUUGGGUGCUCCUAAUCACAUUCUUCAUUUAUGAGUUCAGCAAAGUCAAGGACCUACCUGUCUUGUUUCUACCACAACUUUGCAACAUAGUACGUGUUCAGUUAAAUGUGUUGCAUGGAUGCGCAGAGAGGGGCCCGGGGCUGGUGGUGCCCAGUUGUAGCUCAGGCCAGUUCUGACUUUCGUUUUGCCUCGGCAGCCACGAGCUGGUACGUGGACCCGUUCGAGGAAUGAUGUGCUUCUUGUUCUUCCCCUUCCAGAGCAUGCCCCUAGUCCAGGUGGGCAACAUGUCAGUGCUUUUAGCGAUGUCAUUGCCUCGAGCCCAGAAGCCAUGGAGGAGAUAAGGUAGCCCCCCCCCGUCCCUGGAUCGGAUGGGGAAGCCCAGUUCAAUGGAUACAAAAUACAAGGAUGAUUUAUUUCGGAAGUACGUGCAGUUCCACGAGGGCAAAGUGGACGCCGCCCCCAGCAAGCAGCGGCCUGGCAACGAUGAGUACCUGCGGGUCGCAGCCUCGACCCUGCUCAGCCUGCACAAGGUGGAUCCCUUUUAUCGAUUCCGGCUGAUCCAGUUCUAUGAGGUGGUGGAGAGCUCCCUGCGCUCGCUGAGCUCCUCCAGCCUGCGGGCUUUGGCCUGCGCCUUCAGUGUGCUGGAAACGGUCGGUGUCAACCUCUUCCUCUACCCGUGGAAGAAGGAAUUCAGAAGCAUCAAGACCUACACGGGCCCCUUCGUUUAUUAUGUCAAGUCGUCGUUGCUGGAAGAGGACAUCCGAGCCAUCCUGCAUUACAUGGGCUACGUGCCCGAGUUAGGGACUGCGUACAGACUCAAAGAGCUUGUGGAGACCCUCCAGGUGAAGAUGGUCUCCUUUGAGCUCUUUCUGGCCAAGGUGGAGUGUGAGCAGAUGCUGGAAAUCCACUCACAAGUCAAGGACAAGGGCUACUCCGAGCUGGACGUGGUGAGCGAGCGCAAGAGCAGCGCGGAGGACGUGCGGGGCUGCUCGGAGGCCCUGCGGCGCCGGGCUGAGGGCCGGGAGCACCUGACGGCUUCCAUGGCCCGCGUGGCGCUGCAGAAGUCAGCCAGCGAGCGGGCGGCCAAGGACUACUACAAGCCACGGGUGACCAAGCCCUCGAGGUCGGUGGACGCCUAUGACAGCUACUGGGAGAGCCGGAAGCCGCCCCUGAAGGCCUCGCUGAGCCUGCGGAAGGAGCCGGUGGCCGCAGACGUGGGCGACGGCCUCAAGGACGAGAUCAUCCGCCCGUCCCCCUCGCUCCUGGCCGUGUCCAGCUCUGCCCACGGAAGCCUGGAUGACCUGCCGCCCCCCUCGCCGAACAAUGGUCUGGGCCCGCUGCGUGGCACGUACUUCUCCGCUCAGGAUGACGUGGAUCUGUACACGGACUCGGAGCCGAGGGCCGCGUCCCGGAGGCAGGACGCCCUGCGGCCGGACGUGUGGCUGCUCAGAAAUGAUGCCCACGCCCCCUACCACAAGCGCUCGCCCCCCGCCAAAGAGUCCGCCCUGUCCAAGUGCCAAAACUGCGGUCUGUCCUGCAGCUCCUCCCUCUGCCAGCGCUGCGACGGCCUGCUUGCCGGUCCCCCGGCCCCCAGGUCCGGCGCCUUCCCCAGCAAGGCCUCUGCCCACGACAGCCUGGCCCACGGGUCGUCUCUGCGGGACAAGUACGCGGGCCAGACUCAGGGCCUCGACCGGCUGCCGCACCUCCACCCGAAACCCAAGCCCUCGGCCACAGCCACCUCCCGCUGUGGCUUCUGUAACCGCCCGGGUGCCACCAACACCUGCACCCAGUGUUCAAAAGUCUCCUGCGACACCUGCCUCGGCGCCUACCAUUAUGACCCCUGCUGCAAAAAGAGUGAGCUGCACAAGUUCAUGCCCAACAACCAGCUGAACUACAAGUCCACCCAGCUCUCCCAUCUCGUGUACAGAUAGACUCGACCUUGCACCCCCCUGCUCCAAGGGCUACACCACUGACUUUCUGGGUUCCCCCAGGGAAGAAGUGUUCACGUAUUGAUCUCGGAAGCAGAGGCCUGCAUUUGACCGUGUAGGUGUCAGGGGAUCGUGGGGUCGCCCGCACCACGUGCGCGUUCACCUGGCGACCCAGAUAUUUCCUUUGAUGGCUGCUUUGUCACCUGACAAGGGAGAGGGUGGCACUUCCGUUCAGAUUCAUUUUUGCUAAUCUCUCCACUCCCUAUUCCAUUGUUUGUUUUUGAAGAUUUCUGUCUCUGAGACUCUUGCCACACCCACCUCUCCUACUGCAAAGCCAACUUGGACUGGGAAGGGCCCUCCAGGUCCCCUCCAAACGCCCACCUGGAGCGCCGAGCUAGAGGCCUGUUGGCUUGUGAAAUGAGCCCUCCUGCCACACUGGGCCUCUUCUAGUGGCUCAUCCCUUGGCCACCCCCUUCCCGGACACAAGGAUCCCCUCCUGGACUCCCCGCCCCUGACUUCCACCCGUCUGGGUUUCAAAGGUGGACUGAGUCCGGUAUUCACCGAACGGCAUCCUGUUGCCGCCACAGCUCAGUUUAGCCCAUGGCGUUUGUGCACUUUGCUCCGACGCACUGAAGCGUGGACCGUCCACGGCAGAAUGGACUUCUCCCCCUUUCUGUUGUUUGCACAUGCCCCUCUUACUGUACUGUAAAUAGAUAUUUUUGAGAUUUAUUUUUAAAUAAAUAUUCAACUUGC